AUGAAUGAUAAGCAACAACAGUCAUAUAUCAUUCGCAAGUUUUGUAAAGUAUAUAACAUUCAACUCCAUGAUAAUCCUUCUUCAGUAUAUAUUGUAUCGUUGGAAAAAACAGAAAUUAAUGAUGUUUAUUCAACUAAUAGACAUGAAAAUGAGAAAGAACAAAACAUGUCUAAUGAAGUUCAAAUGAGAACAUCAAUUGAACAAACACAGUUUGAACUAAUACCAUUUGAACAACAACCAACUCGCAAAAGUAAAUCAGAUGAAAAACUUGAUUCUGAGCUUUUAUCUCAGGAGAUUAAUUUAUCAAAACAAAAAACAACCCGAAAUCUUCGUCCAAAACGACGUCGACAAUAA